AUGGAGUUGGGCACCGUCAUGGACAGUGUGAGCAGCUCGGCUUCAUUGCUACCUAAUGUUCCACGCACACCAACCUUAGCCUCAUCUACAGCAACGACAAGGCCGGGCUCGACCGAGCGAGAAGGUAGAACGAAGAUAUAUUGUAUGCGAUACGAGUACACACGAGCAAACGCAACCGGUGUGAAGAUCACCUACAGAUGCAGCUAUUAUCGGAAGCCAAAGCAGAGCCCAACCCAACUGGCGUUUCAUGCCGAGACUAUGGCCUACGAUUUUGCCAACAUGAUUCAUCAUACUUGCCGAAACGACUUUGCAAGUGGCCGCGCUGCAGCCGUAAGUGAUGAAUCUGUUUUCCUUGACCUGACAGAUGCAAUGAAGAGCUUCGUGGACGAACUAGUGGACACAACGGACGAGUCGCCAACCAAGAUUUGGGAUACCGAAAAUUUAACGAGAACUCUAUUGGCUGCACCGAAGGGAUGCCACCAAGUUGUCACGUUAAUGAUGUACGACCCGCUGACUGAGUUAUUUGCUCCGCUAUUUUCCACGUUGACGACGACUAAAACCCAGGACUCCUACAAGAAAUUAUUUUACUGUGUCGAAUUCGCAGUAGGAAAAAAGCCCAGCCCCAAAGAUGUAACGUGUGACUUUGAAGUUGCCAACAUUUGUGCUAUCCGAGAAUACUUCCCAAAGACAUAG